AAUUAACUUCAUAGAGUGUCGUCGAAAUAUUAUUUGCAAAUACCGAAAAAAUUUUCUCAAAAACUGAAUACCGUAUCCGGUCUGUAUGUACUUACAUUUAAUAAAUAUCGUGUUGCCUAGUAAACUGUAAGACAAAAUAAUUUUGUAAAAAAACUUAAUUUCUAACUCAUUACGAAGUUAUGUAUUUCACUAGAGUUUUCAUAAUAUAAAAAUUUGCAAAAUAUUAUUUGCAAUAUAAUGUCGACUUUAAGUGAUCCCGGUACUACUUGGUACUUCACCGAUGAUGAACAGGAACCAUUCUUAGAGAUACCCUUAAAAGAAUGUUCAUCAGAGCAGAUACAAGCUAAACUGGAUUUUUUGAUAAAACAUGUUUUACUAAUUAGAUGCGAAUGCGAAGUGAUAGAAUUGAAUGCGAUAAAAGUACAACCCGACCUUGUUACUACAAACACAAUUGAUGUAUCGUGGAUGCCUUAUGUUUUCAAUGCCGAGGAAAAUAAUUUUCCUCGAGUCGUUUCUAAAGUUCCAAAAAUAUCAAGAGAAAAACUUCGCCAGUCUGUUAUUCUAUCAAAAUCAAAUAAAUCGGUUCUUGGCAGCAUGUAUAGUGUCGUUAAUAAUGCAAUUAAAGUGAAUAAAAUAUCAAUACACCAAGUGAUUGCCGAGGUAGAAAAAGCCAUCAUAACUUUGGACGAAUAUUUUGAUAAAAUAAACGCUGAAAUGAUUAAGAACCUCGAUCAAAUCGAAAUCGAAACUGAAAACAUCGAGCUCGAAAUUAAUAGACAACUUCAAUACAUAGAAACCUAUAGGACAAACGUCUUGGUGGCCGGCGUUAACAAAUUAACCAAACGCAUACCAGCCGAAAAAUAUGAGAAAUUCAUAAAAAAAAAAAUUAUGACGACUUCGAUAUACCUGAACGAUAUUCAAUUCAAAAUAAUUGAUGCCAUCAGCGAGCAGCAGAUGUUACACGAAAGUUUCGUGACUUCGAAACAUAUACGGGAUACGGUAUUCGAAGCGGACAUGCAUAAUGUCAGGAUAAUGAACAAAAAACUAUUGAAGGAACAAAUCGAAAUAUCGGUUAAGAACGAACAACUUAAACAUCACCUAAGUGUUGUUCGUCUACAGUAUUUGAAAAAAAAAUAUAAUUUGGAAAAAUUUGAACUUAAUUUAGGUUUACCAUUGUUGGACGCGGAAAUUAAACAUUUUAAGAAUAAAUUACUAAGACUAACACCUAUUACUCAAAAGAUAGCUGAAAUGGUAGAGAGUCACAAUAAUAAUAAAAAUGAUAAAGGCGACGAUGAUAGUGAAAACGAACUGUACGAGACAAUAUCCGAUGAAACUGAAGACGAUCGAAUUAAUCACUACCUUGAAGUUUUAAGGUCUAUCGAAAAGAAUGAGAGAGAUACUAAAACGAUAAAACGAAAAGUAGAACGACAACAUGAAAUUAUAGACUUGUAUUUAUUAUUGUUAAAAAAAAAAAAAAAAAUUCUAUAACCUAA